UGUCCUGUAAAAGCCCCGCUCUAUGCUUCAACUUUUAUCACAACUACAACAACUUGCUUUAUUCACUAAAUUUCUUUUACAACAAAUCUCUCCUUUUCAACAACAAAUUAGGAAAAGAUGUCUUGCUGUGGUGGAAGUUGUGGCUGCGGAUCUAGCUGCAACUGCGGCAGUGGCUGUGGAGCAUGUGGAAUGUACCCCGACGUGGAGAAAUCUGCUACCUUUACUAUCAUUCAAGGUGUUGCACCUAUGACCAACUAUGGAAGCGUUGGGGAGAAAGCAGCAGGAGAAGGUGGAAAUGCGUGCAAAGGUGGAUCAAACAGAACUUGUGAUCCUUGCAAUUGUUAAUUUACUGAUCCCCACAGUAAAAAAGUGGAGUUGUGUGGUGUUCUAAAAGCUUUUUGUAAUAAUAAUACAACAACCAUGAAACUGAUCAUGAUCAUCGAUCAUCAGUUCUUAGGUUUGUGUCUUUCUUGUUUGUUAUGUUCUGUAGUGGGAUUUGAAUUAGGGGUGUAACAGAAAUAUAUCAUCACAUAUAUACAAUUAUAUAAGUGUGUUAAUUCCUUCCUU